CUCGCCCCAGGCUCUUUGAGACCAUUUAGAAAAACGACAGCCAUUGAUUGAUAUGUUUUUUAGAAACUUGAGGAAAUAAGGAAAUGACUUCCCCCUCUCCUACUAGUAUUUUAAUUUCUUGCUUUUCAUCAGAACUCACGUACUCACAAGAUAAUUAGCAUCCUUAUCAGUGCAGUUUUGUAAAAUGUCACAUGCCGCUAUCAAUUAUUAAUUACCCCAAAAUGUAUUACAUGCCCUACUAAGCAACAGCUGUUGAAGGAACUGUAAUAGUUCAAUAAAAUGUCUUAGAAACCUUAAACGUUAAAGCUAGUUUUGGAAUAGGCAUUAUAAGGGUGAUUUAAAAAAACACAUAAAAAAAUGUCGUUCCUGUUUGCUUUCCGCUAAGUGCAGAAUUUGUGCCUCAUGUAACCAAGUAAUUGUUUUUGUUUUCAUUUUUUUUAAUGUAAAACCUCUAGAACCGUGCGAGUUGAGCUUCUCGCCCUUCGAUAACAAGAAUUGACAAAAAAUAGACACCCAACCAACCUAUCCAUCGAAACUUGUGUUCGGGAAACCCUUUCAAUGCAUUUUAAAAGUCUCGCAAUAGUGCGCGUGAUUGGAUGAAUCAUUUUUCUACAUGCACAAAGCCUAAUUUUGAGAUGAGGAAAAAAAAAGAAACAAAAUAGAAAAUUAAAAUUAAAACACCGCCCGUCCUCAUUUUCCCGAGGAAGAAAUCCUGACAAGAAACUCGGUACCUUGUCGCGAGUAUAAGAUUAGUGGGGUAUUUAUCCAAGAUCCCAAAAACAAAUUAUGUCAGUUGACCUAUCAGAUCAUGUUUCUUUGUAUCGAGAGCUAUUUUGUUUAUAAUACCGCCAACAAAUAAUUCGAGGCCAACAUAGCAAAAUAUUAGCCUGUAAAGAAGAGUAUUAGAAAAGAAUCUCCCGAUAUACUAACAUUUCUAAGUGCUUGUUAAAACAGGAAAAAAACGAAAUGACGGAAGUAGAGUCGAGGAUGAAAGAUCAAGAAAUGCGACGAUCGAGAUGCUGUAGGCCAAGCAAACUCGUUCAAAACAUGCUUUUUCGACUAGUGAUUUAUCUGGUAUUCACGUUUAUCGGCGCGGCUAUUUUUGUAUACGUUGAAAACGACCCUCUUGACGAAGACCGAUACCGGAAAGAAGUGGAAACCGCAAAGAAAAACAUCAAUGAGAGUUUGACUGAACUCAGGAAUAAUGAGGAGUUUAUUUGUGCAUACCAAAACAAAACAAAUGAAGACUUAGUAGAAUUCGCAAAGACGGUACUUCAAACUGCCGCGAGGUUGCCGGAAAAACCGGACAAGUGGAAACUUUCACGGGGCCUGCAACUAACGUUCGAGAUCUGCACAACUAUUGGGUACGGCUCGACCCCGCCCAAGACUCAGGCCGGGCGAAUUCUCUGCAUCUUCUACACCAUCAUCGGCAUCCCCAUCUUCCUGAUAUUCCUCAAGAGUCUGGGGGAGGUACUGAACCGUACUAUCACCAAGGCCGUCUCAUGGCUAGAGAAGAAGAUUCUCAAGCGAGAUGAGCUCAAGAACCCCGAACUGAAGGUUCUCAUCGGAUUUUCCGUUGCCCUGCUGAUAACCGUCCUCGUCACUGCUUCGGACCUCAAGGAACAAGACCUGACUUACGCCGACAAAGUAUACGCGGUGAUCAUCACUUUCACGACGGUUGGGUUCGGGGACAUCAUGUUAACUUCAGAUGUUCAAAUAAUAAUCGGAUUAUCACUGUUGUCCACGGUGCUUGAUGGCAUAGGCUGCUACAUGGAGAAACUAGACGAAGUGAGACGUAAUCGGGGAAAAAAUGUGUGUUGUAAGUGCUUCGGUAAGAAGAGGGCGAGCGACGAAGAUGAUGCGUAUGGUAUGGAUAAUGCAGGCAAGGAAAUAGAAGAGCCACAAGAUCCAGCGAAAGUGGAGGACAUAGAAAAGGAGAGACAGACGUAAUAUUGCAUUUUUUGAUUUAAAAAAAUCGCGAAAUGAGAAAACUUGGUAUCUUAAAAUACCUCAGUCAGCGAUGUCUUUGGUUUUCAAUAAAAAAAUUGAAGGCAAAUUAUGUAUAAGACUAUAAAAAUGAUUAGAAUGAUUUCUCACACUAGGUAUUUUGCUAGUAAUCUAUUAUGUACAUUUGAUACAUACACCUAUUCCAAUAAACGUUGUCAGUGCAAAUGGCGAAUGGCAAUUACUGCUUAUCGGUAUAAUUAUAUUUCAAGAAGAAAAAGGAUAAGUAUCAUAAUCGUAGAAACUAUCCACAUUUUCAUAGAUUUAGUACGAAUUGACGAGUUCCAUGGUAUUUUUGGAAGGCAGAACUGCAAUUGACAAUUGUCAUUUGCCAUUUGCACUGACAACAUAUUUUGGAAUAGGGUAUUUAGGUACAUUUAAACAGGCAAAGCGGGGAUGGGUGGAUGGGUGCAAGACAGGAAAGAUACAUCUGUCCUGCCAAGCCUGCAAUUUUUAAUGUAGUUUUUUUUAUUAUUUAUGUGCACUUUUUACACUUUUUAUGUGCACAGUUUUAGCACAAAUAAAUAUAUCAUUAUUAUCAUUAUGCAGCUGUUAUGUAUUAUUGCGCAUUACUGUCAAUAUGCUUAUAUUCUGAUUUUACCCGGUUGUCAUCCUUACAAAAGAUCUUAUUGUAUAUGGUUUGGUUUUAGAGCCGGUUAUUGUCAGUCUUAUAAAGAACGAAUGCAGAUUUUAAUUGCAACUUUUGCUUUAGAGGGACAAAGCGAAUGUUUUUUUGGUGCGAGUGGAAAAUGAAAGUUUUCUAUUCUAUUCACCCAAUUUUCAUAGUUGAAACUGGCGGUAACCGAACAGAAUUUGUAUUUCUGUUAAGUCCAAAUUGAUUAUGUGUACUUUUUCCUCGCAUUCGAGUCAUACGUGAUUUUAAUGCAGCCAAUUUCUAUUAUUAUCGAUGAGGAUUAUGCAUACAAAAGAAACUUGUAUGUUUUUGAGUUGUUUGGUGUUUAUUGAUCGGGAUAACAUCUGAAGACAAUGUAUUAAGAGCUUUGAAACAAUUCACACGUCUCAAACUAAAUAUCAAUAAAGUUUGUUUAAACACUG